AUGGCCGCUUCCACAAGACAGUUCGCCCGCGCGGCGCUGAGAACCUCCACCAGAACCUCCUUCGCCGCUGCCGCCCCCCGCCAGGCCUUCCGCCAGCAGGGCCGCCGCCUCUACUCCUCCGAGCCCGCCAGCAAGUCCGGCAGCUCCACCUGGAUCUGGCUCUCCGGCCUGGCCGUCGCCGGCGCCGGCGGCGCCUACCUCUUCACCAAGGAGGGCGGCGUCUCCGCCGGCUCCGUCCCCAAGGUCGUCAACCCCACAAAGGCCGACUACGAGAAGGUGUACAAGGUCAUUGCCGACCGCCUCGAGGAGAAGGACGACUACGACGACGGCAGCUACGGCCCCGUUCUCGUUCGUCUCGCGUGGCACGCCAGCGGUACCUUUGACAAGGAGACUGGUACUGGCGGCAGCAACGGUGCUACCAUGCGCUUCGCCCCCGAGUCUGACCACGGCGCCAACGCUGGCCUGAAGGCUGCCCGUGACUUCCUUCAGCCCGUCAAGGAGCAAUUCCCCUGGAUCACUUACUCCGACCUCUGGAUCCUCGGCGGCGUCGCCGCCAUCCAGGAGAUGCAGGGCCCUGUCAUCCCCUACCGCCCCGGCCGCAAGGAUGGCGAGGCUGCCGCCUGCACCCCUGAUGGCCGUCUCCCCGACGCCUCCCAGCGCGAGAAGCACCUCCGUGACAUCUUCUACCGCAUGGGCUUCAACGACCAGGAGAUUGUCGCCCUCUCCGGCGCCCACGCCCUCGGCCGCUGCCACGUUGACCGCUCCGGCUUCGACGGCCCUUGGACUUUCUCCCCUACCGUCCUGACCAACGACUACUACAAGCUUCUCCUGAACGAGAAGUGGCAGUGGAAGAAGUGGAAUGGUCCCGCUCAGUACGAGGACAAGGGCACCAAGUCCCUGAUGAUGCUUCCCGCCGACUACGCCUUGAUCCAGGACAAGGCUUUCAAGAAGCAGGUCGAGGUGUACGCCAAGGACAACGAGGCCUUCUUCAAGGACUUCUCCAACGUCAUUGUCAAGCUGUUUGAGCUCGGUGUUCCCUUUGCCCAGGGCGCCGAGGAGCGCUGGACCUUCAAGCCCACUUGGCAGGACUAA